CCCUGCUGGAUUAUAUUUUUGUUCUCUUGAAUUAGAUGGGUUGUUUCUACGCAUGCGCUGUAUUGUCGCCAACAACGAAGAAGAAAAGGCGGAAGUCCGUAAUCCACAGUUAAACAAAGCGCAACCGUUAUUGUUUUAAAAUGUGUAAAGUUCGGUUUUUGAGAGCGCUGGUGAAGAAGCGGUUAGAUUUGGCCGUUGAGGAAAUAUUUGAACUGUUUGAAAGAACCAUAGAGGAGUACGAGGAAGAACUUUCUCGAACCAAAGCAGAAAAAGAACGACAACGUGAACUACUGGACGCUGCUCUGAAGAUUCGAGUUCCACAAAACGAUGCAGAAAUGCAGCCGAGAGUGGUGGACAUACCAGAAGUUCCUCCUGAGAAGUCGGGGGGGCCGGCACAGCCCCCCCAGUUAAAAAAUAAAGAGUUCUCAGGUCACACCGCACAGCCAGUUCAAGGGCUGCAGGAGGAGGCUGACGUCAUGUCGACUGACGUGGAUGUAAAGAAGGAAGCUGAUGAAGCCCAGUCCUCUCAACUUUACGACAGUCAAAGCAACGAUUUUGGGCAAAACAUGAUGACAGACGCAGAACAUCUGGAUUUUGCUCCACUAUCAGAUAUAGAUGACGUGAUAUCGCAUUCUUCUGACACUGAACACAGCGAUCACGCCAAGGAAGCUUUGGCGACGAAAAGGAAAUCCACAGCCAUGGAGCAGGAUCUAAUCAUCUUCUUGCGACGGCGCAAUAUUUCCAGUGAGCGUCUCUUGCAAAUGGAGCGAGACAAGAUCGAUUCAUCCGUGAUCCUCCUUAUGUCGGACGAAGAUCUUCAGAAGUACGUCCCGCAUUACGGCGACCGGAUAGCGCUUAUAGCUUUCUGCCAAAAUCCAACUUUGCAGGAGAGAAGCAGAGGAGAAACGGAUAGGAGGUACACUCAGGGACCUGCGCUGUCCUCUUCCAGUCGGGGUCGGUUAUUGUUCGGCAAUGAAAAUAGCAAGAGAGCUAAACGACGCGUGGAGUUAGGUUGGAUGAAUUUCGAUUGGAAGGAAAAACGAUACAAACAAGUCCGGACGGCCAAAGGCGGAGGCACCAGGUCCUUGAGCAUCGACAAAAACAAGACUGUGGCAGAAAUUAAAACGAUGGCCGAGGAUCUUUUCUUGACCAACGUGGAACUCUCGGACUUUCAAACGCGAAUUACCGACUUCGCCGAGCGACAGGUGGACUCCACUAGUACGGUAGAGAAGCUUUACGAGAUCACCAACGCGAGACUACUUCGACUCUAUCUUUGCACCAAACAACGCGUUCAAGACGACGUUAAAAACGUUCUGCUGUUCAGUUGAACCAUCACAAAACAAAGAGCUUUUUAAAGUUGAUAGUUCUUGUAAAAAGAGUGCGUAAAUCCCGGAAUUUCUAUAGAUAUGAACGUAAAACAGUCUAGAUUUUUGGUGAAAAGCAAAAAAGCGGGCAGUUACCAUUCAUUUUACUGAAAUAUUUCAAGCAAAUAUUUGUAUGCAGUAAAAUUUUUGUCCUGUUUCCACCUAAAUCCGGCGUUAGAACGCAGAGUGUGUUUGAGUUUAUGGCGGGAAGGCGUGGCACAAUGUCUGUAGGAACUGUCUCGUCAACUGAUGAUGAAGUCUAUGAGCCAGCUCACUAAUGAUAAGAGGACAUAGGAAUUGAUCGUUUACACUUUGCCGCAGUGAAUAUUUUCCCACCACGUCCGUCCCCUUAGAAAAAAAGCCUUUGACGGGGCUGGUUUCGCAAUUGAAUUUUGAAACCGAAAUCUUUUUGUUUUUAUUUGAUAAUUUAAUCCAUGUUUUAUUUUUUGUAAUGUCUUGUUCCAAAAAUGUGCACCUUCCUCUGUCUUGUAGAAUAAACGAUAGAGCUGAAA